CGUCACUCCGUCGCGUUUUCAUGACGUUUGCAGAGACUGGCGGACAGGCAAAGAUGGCGGCGUCGUCCUGGAUGCGUGGCCCGUCCGCGAUGCGGCUAACGGAGGGUCUGGUGUCGGUUCUGAAGGAGCAGAGACCGGAGUAUCUACCGGCUCUGCUGUCCGGGUACCGAGAACAUGGAGUCUUCACUGCUCAGGUAGGAGGAGGGGUUAGCUAGUUAGCUGUUAGCCUGGGUAUGUCUGUGUGUGUGUGUGAGAAAGAGAAAGAGUGUGUGUGUGUGUAUGCGUGCAUGUGUGUGUGUCUGCAGCAUCUGUGAAGGCUGCAGCUGCUUUGUCCACCGAGUUCACACCUGGAGGGACAGGGGGAUGAAGCAUGCGCACAUGGAUUCAUAAUGGGCUCGUGUGUUUACCUCUGCAGGGCGCGAGCACCGCGGGGGGACUGGUGGGUUUCAGCAACGCCAAACUGAGCUCCAGCAAGACCAGGUGAGUCCAGAAUAGACCAGGUGAGACAGAUACAGACCAGGUGAGACACUUAGGGCCCAGAUAGAAACAGUGAGCUGUGAUACAGGUGGGAGAUGAUGUUUCAGACAGCCCUGCAGUAACUGUGUAACACCUGUGCGACCUGUCCUUACUCUAUUACUAAACUGUGAUUUUCUGUGUAGAUGAAAACAGGAUCUGAUGGUUUAACUUACACUGAAAACAGUAGCAGGACUCUUCUCCUACAGAGCCAUGCUGCUGUAAUUCCUGCUGAAUGUGAUUUGUGUGAAUGGCAGCACAUGUUGCCCUUAAAGCUGUUUAUAUUUUCUAAACAUUUUCCAGUUUAAAAUUUGGUUUUCUUUGAACUGUUUUCUAUAAAAGGGAUAUUCCGGCACAAAAUAAAUUUAGGGUCAAACGCACCGUAACACCGAGGUAGACACCCUCUCAAGAAAUGAAUGUCCGACUGCUUGCUUCUCCUAUUAUACCAACUUUAGGAACGACCACACGAUAGCAAUACACAGCAGUCUGAGGAGCCAUAAACAAACCUCAACCAAAAAGCCUCUCUAUAGCCACAAAUAAUGCUCAGAACAACGCCUAACUUUAUCAACAGUACAUAUAGGGUCCCAGCCAUAGUACUAACCACCAAACAUCUUUUUAACUUUGCCUGACUCAGUGUUAUGGUGUGUUUGACCCUAAAUUAAUCCUACGCCAGAAUAUUCCUUUAAAUUUAAACUUAAAUUUAAAAAUUGUCAGAAUCUGUUUUUAACAUUUUUUACAGCGUUACUGAAUAUUAAUGUGCAUCUGCAGGUUUGAGGGUCUGUGUCUACUCUCCAUGCUGGUCAAAGACAGCUCCAGUGAUCUGUUCCAACAGCACUGUUUGUCCUGGCUGCGCUCUCUGCAGCAGGUCAUACAGGUAACAAACACCUGUGCACAUGUACACAUGUACUCAUCCUGUUUGGUCACACCUGAACCACAUCUCUGUGUCUCUGUCUUCGUGAACUGUGGUCCUGUAGUCUCAGGCUCCGGUUCAGACGGUCCAGCUGGCCGUCAGCAUCCUGAAGGACCUGCUGCAGUACUCAUCUCAGCUGCCUGAACUCGCCAGAGAGGUCGGCAUGAACUCCAUCCUGGGCAUCCUGACGUCUCUGCUGGGCUUGAAGUUAGAGGUGAGACAGGGUCUGCUGGUCAUCUCUGAAUUAGAACCACAAUAAGAACAACAGCAUGAUUAUAUCUUUGAAUCUGACUCCACAAAGAAACCAUUAUAUAUCCUGGUUUCAUAAAUGCAAUAACAAACACUUGUCAUGGGAUAAGAAACAGAAAUGAGAUAAAUGCACUGAGAUGAAUUUUUUAAGUGUUGAUAUCAUCCAGUCAGCUGACUCUCAUGACAACGGUGGAAAGUUUGAACUCUAUGCUUUUGCUGAGCACAAUUUAGUAAAGUUCAAUACUUUCCACAGAAAACACUAAAGUAAAAGUGCAAAUACUGCUUAUGAAAGUACCACACUGAUACGUCCUUGUGACCUGCUUAGUGACAUGUCUUUUUGUGUGUUUUCAGUGUGAGCUGGCUGCUAUGGAGGGGAUGACGGCCUGUAUGACCUUUUACCCCCGAGCCUGUGGAUCCCUCAGGGUCAGACACACACAAACACACACAAACAGAGUUGAAGAAGACUUGGAUUAUUGAUAAAUUAAAGGCCCAUCUGUUCCUCUUAUCUGAUAUCUGAACUUUUCUUCCAGGACAAACUGGGGGCUUAUUUCCUCUCCAAAAUGGACAGCACCAACAAGAAAACACAAGAGGUGAGUUAUUAUCUGCGUUAGAGAUUAGAUUACAAUGGAUCAGAUAGAAUAAGGUUGAAACUUAAGAACAUGAGUGACCAAAAUAGUGUUGACUCAUAUUCGCUGCGUCUCUGUCAUCAGAUGGCGUGUCAGUGUUAUGGUCGGCUGCCGUGUCUCGGUGGUCUGUUGGACCGUGGGGUGGGUGCAGGAAGAGCUGAAGGAUGGACCAAUCAGAUCCACUGCCUGCUGGCCACAGCCAACGGGCUGCUGGCUCAGAUCUACCUGGGAUCAGAAACAGGUACACUUGGUGAUGAUGAUUCAUCAGUCACAUUAAGCUCCAAUACUAAUCUGAACACCCAUCUGGACUGGACCAAACUGAACCAGCAGUUCACUGAUUAUGAUGUUUGUUAUUUACAGACGGGACUCUGCAGUACGAUGGGCCAGGAUUGGAGCUCUCCUUUCCUCAUCUUGACCAAUCAGAUCCUCUGUUGCUGCUGCAGCUGCAGCACAGAUACACAGCUGUCUGCAUGGCCCUGAAACACACUCUCAGGUAUUGACACACACUCAGUUGUUAACGCGCACUCAGGUAUGACACAUGCUCAGGUGUGAGUUAUCUUGAGGAUGUUUUCUGCAGCUGAUGCAGUUCCAGUGUUAGAGGGAUAUUUCCAUGUUUUAAAGAGAGGUGGUAGAAGUUCAUCAGUCAGCUCCACCUCUUUAAUCAGAAAUAUCAGGAGCAACCUGCAUGCACUUCAGGCUACAGUUUUCUCUUCUCAAUUUGAAUGCUCUACCCAGAAAUUUCCAUCUCUUUACCUUCAGAGAGCUUUUUUAGUUUUGCACUUUCUGUCACAUACACACUAACUCCUGGAUCAGCCUCUGAAAACCACGAACUGUCCCUUUAAUCUCAGCGCCUGUCCUCUCUGUCCUACAGGGUGGAUCCAUCCUCUGCCGUCCGUCUGCCUGUCAGAUUCAUCCUCAACCUGGUGUGUCGAGCCCUCGCCGUCAGCUCCAAGAGCAUUGUAUGUACACACACACACACUCGAAACACGUUCACUUUUUUCAUACACGUGCAAAAUGACAGUCUGGCUCACAGCCCUUGUUUUAAAGCUUUAAUUAUGUGUGUGUGUGUGUGUUUCAGAAUCUAACAGGUGAUGGCAGUGUGAGGCUGCUGCUCCUGCCUCUCCUUCACACACACACUCUGGAAGUCCUCGCAGCUCUGAUCACAGUGUGAGUAUAAGUUUGUGUGUGUUUGUGCAUGUGUGUGUGUCCAUUAGUAGCUGUGUUUAGCUGACUCUGUGCGUGUGUGUGUGUAUCUUCCUACAGCGUUCGCAGCGGUAUGAUUCAGUUCUCGGCGGUGUUACAGAGGCUCUUCUCUCAGACUCUCUCUGCAUGGACACCUUUACCUGAGGCCAGCCUGGGACAGCAGAGAGCAUACAGGUACCUGAGCAGACCAACCAAUCAGAGCGCAGUAUGAGAGGAGAUGAGACACACACAGACCAUCUGUUAGGGAGGAGGACGAGAUUGUUCAGAUUUUACAGGAUUUUACAGGAUCAGGAAUAAUAUGAAAUUUAAUUCUUUCUCACUUUCUUCAACUGAGUUUCUUCUCUUAACAUUGAUCCUUUAUUUUAAACACAUUAGGAAUUUUUUUUCCCUCCAAGAGUAAUUCUUUGACUUUUUCUUGAAAUUUCUCUUUUUUUUCUAUUUAGUGACAGAAUUUAACUUUUUCUAGAGAUUGAACUGAAUUUAUAAAAAAACUGAAAGUGGCCUUUUCAUCCAAAAAGAAUUUCCCCUGAUUUUUUUUUUUCAAAUGGAAAAAAACUUAAUUUGAAAAAUCUGCUUUAAUCUGAUUUUGAAGUUGAGAAAAAAAAUGUCUCAUAUUUAGAUUUUUAUCUUUUUUUUUUCCAAAAAAAAAAAAAAAAAUAGAAAUAAUUCAAAGUCUAUGAAAUCUCUGAUGUCUGUAGACCCUCUCCCUCUGUCUCAGUGUCGGUGUUCUUCUUCUCUUCCUCAGCACUGUACGAGUCUCCGUAUAUAAGACCUUGGAGCUGUGGGUUCAAGUGGGCGGAGCCUCAGCAAGCGUCCUGCAGGGAAGCCCAAGUCACUCAGAACUGCUGUUCAGCCAGCUGCUCAGCGACAUCACACCGGGAGCGGAGUCUGUGAAGGUGAGCUCAGGUCUCACGUCGUGUAAUAAGAAUAUUCCAGAGGAAAAGUUGGCCCACAGUGUGACAUCAUUUCCUCUUUCUCUGUGUCUCACCCCUCAGUUACGUGCCGGCCUAUCAGCUGACGUGGUUCCAGGAGGUAAACCGGGUCCCAGGAGGACUAAACCUUUGGUGAUGGCAGACUCUGUGGGUUCGUCUCUGCAGAGGAAAGGAGACGUGCUGGCCAAUCAGGACACCUGUGUGUCGGCGCUCAAAGGUGAGCUGCAGUGGAGUUAUGAGACAGUGAGAGUCUGCUGUUUGAGUCUGAUGUCCUGACCGUGUCUGUCCUCACAGCCCUCAGACAGAUCAUCCUGAGCAGCGGCACUCUGCUGAAGGACGACAUACACAAGGUAAACUUCCUGAUCUCUGCUGCGUGUGAUUCUAAACAACUCUAGAGUAGAAGAGACAUUUUCUCUACGAAAAAAAAUAACAGAACCAACAGUCUGAGUGUCUGCAGCUGCUCAGUUCAUCCUGCUGCAGGUAAACAGGCUGAGAUGUUCCAACAUUGUCCCUGAACCUAGAACCUAUCAUGAAGAGUUACCCAAUAAAUAUGAGAUACCAGACCUGACCAGAGUGGACAUGUUCUGCCUCUUCAAAAAACUCUCGGACAGAUUAUUAAAUGUAGAAUAUUUUCUGCCUUUUGUUCGUCUCACAGCGUCUCCACGAGGUGAUCCUGCCGCUCUGUGUGCGUCUGCAGCAGCAACAGUCCAGCUGCAGUACCUCCUGUGAGCCUACAGGGGGCGUCAGCGGGCAGUACAGCAGCGCACUAAGCCGAAGAGAGCUGUACAGGUACAUCAGUAUGCAGUGUGAUGAGGAUAAAGAUAACCACAGUCUCUUCAUUUAAACUUGACUUAAAGAGCUCCACAGAUCCUGUCCGGCUUCAUCAGGUGGUUGUUCCGCAGAAAAGAUCAGUUUUGUGUGUUUCUUUAAUCUCCAGGUUGCUGCUAGCUCUGGUCCUGGUCCCCUCCCCCUGUUGGCCCCCUCCUCUGACCUGUGCCGUCUCCAUCCUGAGUAGUGGACGCACCGACCGAAACAUAAAGGUGAGUCCAGUAUCAGCUCCGUCUCCAGAUAGUUGUCUUUACUGGUCAGUGUCAAGCUGAAAAAGUCAAACAUCUUCAAAUAUUUUUGAUUUUGUCUCGUUUAGCCGAAGCUCAAACUGAGUGACUUCAGUUUUGUUAAAAGAGUUAUGCUGCGUUCAAGUUACCUCGGAAGUCAGAAGUCCGAGCUGAAAAUGACGUCACACCCGAGUUACCAGCGUUUCAGUUACCAAGUCAGAAAAAAAGCAAAAUCGAAGGCGGAAACAAGAUAGCUACAGCUACGAAAGUUAUUUUAGCGCUUGCCUUGUCGGAAUACAGGGCAAGCACUAAAAUAGAGGCAGAACGCAGCAUUAGAACAGUUAGAACCUGGUCUCAGGAUGUUGAAACAAGUUAACAGCCUCCCCCCUCUCUCCUCUUUCCAUAGGUGUCGUCAUUCUGCUCUGAGGCUCUGACCGUCUGUAACUCCCUCCUUCACCCCCGUGUCCCCCCUAUUGCCCUACCUUUACCCCCCCUCACCCUGAAACCCACACCCUCUGGUCCUGUCCUCCCUUCCAAUCAGGGACCAGGACUUACCCUGCCCACUCUCCUUGGAGGGCCCGCUCCCACCCCCUUUCCCACCCGUCACUCGCUGGACCUCGGCCCCGCUUCACUGCUCGGCUCUUUGGAGAACCACCUCUCCUUGGUCCCGGGUCUGUCGGGUCAGGGCCCAACCCCAGCAGACAUGAUCCUGUCCCCCCAUGCGCACCACCAGCCGGACCCCACCGGCCUGGGGCCCCCUGAGGGCCAGAGGCCAGUGUUUGUGCGCUAUGACCGUGAGGAGGCAGAGGACGUGGAGAUCUCGCUGGGGAGCGACUCCGACGACAGCGUGGUCAUCGUCCCGCCCGGGAUGCUCAACAUGGAGACGCCGCAGGAGGACCCUGGUGCAGGAAACCCCCCAAGCCUGGUCUCUGCUGCACCUGGAGGCACUACAGUCCCUUUGCCAGGAGCGGACUCUGUCACCACGGCAACAACAUCCACUAUAGAUGGGGUCUCCCUUUCCAACGAUCACGCCACCUCCUCACCCCUCCUUACCACCUCCACCACGCCCAUCAAUUCUUUCCCCCCUUCCAGCACCUCUGUGGUCUCCCUGGUCCCCCCCCUGAACUCUAGUUCCCUCACAGCACCCCCUGGCAUCAUGGGGGACUCGUUGCCUGGGCGACCACAGCUGCAGCAGAUGUUGAUGCAGCCCUCUGCCCCAGGUCAGCCCGGCCCCCUCCCCCUGCCGCUCCAGAUACACCAACUCCAGAACCAGAUGGGUCCUCGCCACCUCCACCCGCAUCAAGCUCCGCCCCCCAGCAACGAAGACUCAGGCGUCAUCAACAUCAACAGCACGGAUGAGGAGGAGGAGGAAGAGGAGGACAUGGAGGACGAUGAGGAGCUGGAGGAGGAGGAGGAGGGGCUGGACGAGGAGGAGGAGGACGAAGAGUUCUACGACGAGGAGGAGUAUGAGGACUAUGAUGAAGAGGAGGGGGAGGAGCUAGAGGAAGAGGAGGAGGAGGAGGACGGGGACAUCCCCCCUCUGGAGGGAGCAGAGGAGAAGGCGGAGGAGGUGGGGGUGGAGGAGGGGAAGGUGCUGCGAGCUGUGGUGGACGAUGGGAGGAUGGCGGGCUUCAGCGUGGAGGGCGAGGAGGAGGGAGGCAUCGAGGAGAUCCAGACCAGCCGGGCGCUUUUCGGACAGGAGGACCGCAUGAAGGUGCAGGAGGUGGAGAGCAUCGGGGUGCUGGAGGAGGCGAGGGAGGCGGAGGGGGCGGGGGACGAGAGCGAGAGGAUGGACGACCCCACCAUGCCCCAGAUCCUGUGUGUGACUGGAGGAGCUCUGGAGGAGAGGGAAGAGGGGGAGGAAGGGGAGGUGGGAGGAUCACGGGUGAGAUCAGAGGGAGGAGCAGCUGCAGGAGGAGGAGGAGGGAUGCAGGAUUCGGCUGGACUGUGGAGGGAAGGAGCCAAUGAGAUUGAGCUGACAGACGCCCCUGAAGAGAGCUCAGCCAAUCAGAGCCAAGAGGUACUGUUCACCAGCACAGAGAGAAACUUGAAUUUGUGUCGAGCUGAAAAUGACGUCACACCCGAGUUACCAGCGUUUCAGUUACCAAGUCGGAAAAAAGCAAAAUCGAAGAUGGAAACAAGAUGGCUACAUCUACGAAAGUUAUUUUAGCGCUUGCCUUAUAUUCGGACAAGGCAAGCGCUAAAGUAACUUUUGUAGAUGUAGACGUCAUUGUGACGUCAUUUUCAGCUCAGACUUCCGAGGUUAAUAUAUGAAACUGUAUUUUACUGCUGGUAGUUAAGAAAGAUAUCAAAGCUCUCCUCUUGACUCUGACUGUGUCCUCCGCAGCAGGAGUCAGGAGCUGAACCUGCCCAGGAGGAGCCUACUGUGAGUGAAGAUCAGACCUCCAGCCUGCAGGAGGAGCAGCCUCCAACAGCAGAAGAAGAAUCUACAGCAACAAACCCUGAAACGUCGACAGAUCCUGAAGAACAACAAGAGUCCGAGGCCGAGAGAGGAGAGACGGACGCUGCAGAGCCCCAGGAGCCGGAAAGAGGAGGAGGGGGAGAGAGUGAUGGAGAGGAGAAGAAAGGAAUGAAGAGGAAGAGGGAGGACGAGCAGAUAGAGGAGGCGGAGAAGUCACCUGAGAAGAAAAAGGUACAUUUAUACAGUUUAUCGACUUCGAGCUGCUUUAGAAAUACUCAGGGUGUGAUGAUUGACAGGAGAGGUGAAGAGGCUAAAAAAAUCUCUCUCUCUCUCUCUCUCUCUCUCUCUCUCUCUCUCUCUCUCAGCUGGACGAAGAGUCGAUGGCGUCCAUGUUGGCAGAUUUUGUCGCCUGUCCUCCCGACGAUGAGGACGGAGCGUCCGGAUCGAACCACUCGUAAAUCAUGAACUGAUGUGAUGGAUGUCGCCAUAGAAACUGUAUCAUCAGAGACAUUACAGUUACCAUCAUCAAUCUUAACUUCUUUCCAUUUAGUUUUCCCAUCAUGCUUUGUACUGCCAAUUCAAACUGAAGUGUGAGGUGCGGUCUCAUCAGUCAGCUUCCGUCAUACAUUAGUGUUAUCUGAUCUCAAAUAAGCAGUUCCUCUACAGCUACAGGUGACCUGUGUUCUCAGUCCGUACAGUAGUGCCCUCAGUUAGUGUACAGUGUUUUCUUUGAUUUAUUUGUACCUUUUUAUGCUCUUCCUGUUCUGUUCAUUCAUGUCAUAACUUUGAGUCAAACGAGGAAAAAAUACAAACUUAGAUUACAAACAUGACCAUCUUCUCUGAGAGUUUAUUCAAA